GUACAGUUCUGUUUGCAAUUUGAUUUUGGUUUAAUCAGAGUAAACCGUGGCCAUCAUAUCUAUCCUCUUCACUCGUCGUCACUCAACGCUCAAAUCUCUUCUCUCCUUGGCAGUCGCGACUCCUCCGUGACCAUCUCCGCCGCUCAAAAUCUCCCGUGAAAUCGCUGAUUGCACCGUAUCCGCUUGGCUUGUGGAGAUCAGAGCAUGGCCAAGUACUAUGACAUUGACGACAUACUUACAGAGGAAGAGUUUGCUCCUGUGUUGUUUCAUAAACCAGCAAAUGCAGUGACUAUUGACCCAAGUGCUGAGACAAACUCUGUUGAGCAAGGUGCCAAAGUGGAGUUACCCUUCUGGCUUGCUCAUGAGUUGCAUCUGAGACAAGCUGUUUCCAUUAACCUUCCUGCCUGUUUCGACCAAAAGACGAGGCUGGAAAUACAAGCUGAUGCAGCGUGUGUGGAUCUUAGAUCACGAUGUCCUUACUUCUACGAGUUUGGUUGCAAGUUACAGCCUUUAGUUACUGAUAGAACGCUCGGAAUCUUGCUAUCGACUGCGUUUAAGAUCAGAUACAAGGAGAGGCUGACAAAAGUUUUCACUGCAACUCAUUUAACAGCUUCCAAGUUCUUGCCAUUCUUGACUAUAGAAGAAACUAACUUGUACGAAGCAGCUCACUUGUCUAUGACAGCCUUCAAGAAAUGGAGAACGGGAGGUCCUCGUUUCCAGAGAGCUUCGAUACUCGGAAGAAAACGCAAGGAAUCUUAAUUAAAUUGAGGUCCCUAAACGCUUCUUUGUUGUUUCAUCAACUUUAAUUCUCUUUGAAGAUUCGAGUUGUUUGUAUGUUGUCAUUGCAUGAUGAUGUUUAGAAUCAUUUCAUUAUCUUAUUAGUAAUUAUCAGACAAUAGUGUGUUUGUGUUAUAUAAAUAUCUCAAAGAUGAUAUGACAAGAUAAGAUUAGGUUCUCUCUU